AUGGCCAAGUGGCUGAAGGACUACCUAAGCUUUGGCAGAAAGGUACCCCCACAACCACCCACACCGGACUACACAGAAAGUGAGUUUCUCAAAGCGUACCGCCUCCAGAGAGACCUGGACUUUGAAGAUCCAUAUGAGGAUGCUGAGAACAGAUCCAGAGAGGAAUCUGGGAAUUUUGAGCCGUCCACACCGGUGUACGGAUCUCCUAUGAAGUCUUCCAGUUUGGACAUGAAGUCUCCUAAACACAGGCUGAUCAAGGUGGACUCCCAGGAGCUUGGACGCACCAAAAUUCUCCUCAGCUCCAUCUCUUUGGAAGACCAACAAGAGCCUGUGGUGCCAUCAGCCCCGCUGGCAGGGGACACAGAUUAUUCCGAUCCAUUCGAUGCUCGAACGGAACACAGAACGGAUCCAGAUCUUGGUCCUGUACCCUGCGAAAAUAACGGCUACAUGGAACCAUAUGAAGCUCAAAGGGUCAUAACAGAACUGCAGCGAAACACUGGAGGAGGACGUAUGCGGGGAGGGUUGCAGCUUUAUGACACUCCAUAUGAAGAUGAGCGAGGACAGCGCCUUGGUUAUGUGUUCGGAGAACUUCAUGAGGAGGGCAAGGAGACCAGCAGGCUGCCGCAAGAUGACGAGAGACCAGCUGAUGAGUACGACCAACCCUGGGAAUGGAAAAAGGAUCACAUCUCCAAAGCAUUUGCAGAAAUGAGGGAGUUGACCGAGUUGCCCUGGCCUGCCCCAGUAGGUCAGCUGGAGGAGGAACCCCCCAUCAGAGAGCAAGCACAGUUUGAUGCCACAGAGUGGGAUCGCUCGUCCUCGCCCACAGAGCGCUUGCGUCCUGCAGGUCCCAGGUCAAGCCCACUAGCAGCAGCAGGAGGAGGAAUGAAGUUCAGAACACCUCAUGAGAGCCCUACCAUGAUGGGGGAGAGAGUAGACCCAACUCUGCCUCUGGAAAAACAGGUAUGGUACCACGGCUCUCUGUCGCGCUCGGAGGCAGAGUCACUGCUAACACUGUGUAAAGAGUGCAGCUACCUGGUGAGGAACAGUCAGAACCGCUCAGACUUCUCUCUGUCCCUAAGGAGCUGCCAGGGUUUUAUGCACAUGAAGUUCUCACAGUGUAAAGAUGGGAAGUACGUGCUGGGACAGAACAGCCCACCCUUUGACACCAUUCCCGAGGCCGUCCACUAUUACACCACGCAUAAACUCCCGAUCCGAGGUGCCGAGCAUCUGUCCCUGCUCUUCCCAGUGCAGGUGCAGACCCUCUGACAGAAAAAGACUCGAUCCUGCAAACCUCAAUGAUUCAUUUCACUCAGAAACAGUAAAACAUGAAUGUUAGAGUGGAAAAUCUCAAUGAAGUGAAAAUGCUUCAUCUUUCUCUGCUUUUUUUUUCUAUCUUUUUUUUUUUUUUUUUGGACUGGAUUACUUCUAGCUUCUAGUGCUUCAGCACAAAGAGGUUUAUGCUUUCAGCCGUUGCAUCUGCGUUGAGUGUGUAAUAUCUCUGGGAUCAAUUCCCAUGAAAUGCAGUACCUGAUCAUUCAGCACCCGAGCUGCAACUUCUCAUCUAUGUGCUUAACCAAGCGGGCUUACUUUAGAGCAUCUGCUCCACUUCAUUGCAUUUCUUUUUCUUGUCGGUGGACAAGUUUUUGGACGCACAUUUGCUGCAGGUAAGCCUGCGCGAUGUGAAUGUACCUUUUCUUCAGUCAACUGAAAAGGAUAAGCAGAUAUAUCACUAAAUUUUACUACCAUAAAAAAAUAACUGGUAAUGCAAAAGCUAUUAAAACUGAUUAUUAUGCUUAUUUUUCAUCCCCUUUGAUAAAAUAAAAAUGAAUCUGGAUAAAUAAGACAAGAAACUAUUAUUUUAAAGCAAGUUUGUACUGGAAAGAAAGCUAUUUUUAGAGACAAAUGAUUCUGACAUGCACCAGUUAUGCUUCUAAUUUUUAUUUUUUCCUCAACAAAAUCACACCUGUUGAAUCAACCCAUUCUAUUGUGUAUAGUUUAAGGGUUACUUGACACAUUUCAGUGUUAUUUGUUGAAUGUUUGAUGUAUUAAAAAGGGCAUUGUACUGGUACUUGAUAAAACUGAAGUUUAAUUCUU